CCCCCACCCUGUUUCUUCGGUUGACAGACCGAAGGGUGGAAGCCGUCUGAAGUUUUUACGGCUGUGACAUGCCGGAAAGUGCGUAUGGUGUGUAUAAAAGUGGAUAUUUUCCAUAAUAAAUGAGAAUGGCCAAUACUUUGAGAGGGGAAGUACUGAAUCUUUAUAAAAAUCUGCUGUACCUUGGACGAGACUAUCCAAAAGGAGCAGACUAUUUUAAGAGGCAUCUGAAGAAUGCUUUCCUUAAAAACAAAGAUGUGAAGGACCCAAAGAAGAUCAAAGAACUUAUUGGACGGGGCGAAUUUGUAAUGAAAGAGCUAGAAGCCUUAUAUUUCCUGAGAAAAUACAGAGCUAUGAAACAACGCUAUUAUUCAGAUACCAAAGAAACUAACUGAUCAUUACUAUAAUUUGAAAACCAGUGCCAUCUCUUUAUGUGUAAUAUAAAACUAAUUCUAACUUAAAAUGGUAACAUAUACACAUCCUGUAAAAAACAAUGAAGGUGCCCUACUGAACUAAAAAUAGGUUUCAAUUCUAUUCAUACUGAGAGCUUAUCAAGUAAUCCCUUAUGCAGAAUUCUAUACUGAAAUAGAAACUUAGCUACAUAAUGUUGCCAACUACAAAUUAUAAAUGAGCACCUAAUUUCAAAUGAAAAAAAUAAUGUAUUUAAAAGUUUUGACUUAAUAGGUUUUUGCCAAUUAUUCUUAGCCCAUUUCUGUUUUACUGACAAUGCCACCUAAUUCACAUGUAAUUAGGCCAAAUAAUUUCUUGCACAUUUAUUCUCUAAUCUUUGAAAGAGUACCUUAUUUUUAACCUCAUUUGGUACAUUAGCAAGGUUCACUACAAAUCAAAUAGCACCUGGUCAUGAUUUUAGUGCAGUAGAGAAAUAAUAGUAAUAUAUGAAGGUUACUUCUAAUCUUAAAGUAGCCUGCCAGCAAUUGGCAUUUCAUGUGUACCUAUUUAAUAUUUACAUCAUUUCUGCUGAAUCCCUUUGGGCCUUAAAACAAAUCACCUGUUGUGUAUCAAUUAACUUCUUUGAAUAAAAAUAAAGUUAUUUUUUUCUCAUAAAGGCAGAUCUGUUUUGUACCUACUUCUAAAUGAGUUACUAUGGCAAUGGACUUAAACCUAAGAUGGUCUUAAGCUUAUGCAAACACUCAAACCUUUACAUAAUGUUCACAGCA